GUAGUUACACGACUGAACAACGGUGAACUUUGCUCCAACAUUGAGGAUCACUUAAUACUAUAAACACAAGGAUGGCGGAAAACAAGAAAAUUUUGGGCAACUGCUGCUUCUUCGUCUCCCUCAGGACUGGCUCUCUCCUCAUAGCCCUCUUCAGCCUGUUGUUUAGCAUGAUUGGUGCGGCCUACAGCCUCUACCUUGGACUCAUUGGUAACCUAGAAGGCUGGCCCGAUCUGAUCAUCGAUAUUGUCCACCUGGUUUUGGCAUCUAUCCUCAUCCACGGCGUCCGCAGCGAAAACGUCCAGCUGGUGAACAUCUGGGUGUGGGUUACAAGUAUCCUAGUGGGUAUUACCAUCAUCCUGGGUAUCCUCAUCAUCAUCCUUACCGACUCUCUCAUCGGCGCCAUCAUCCUGCUGGUCGUCUCCGUCCUUCAGAUAUACUUCGUCUUGGUCGUGCGCUCUUAUGCCGUCUCCAUUAGUUCUCUGCUUCCCACGCCGGUGUAGCAGUUAAAAGUGAACACUGUCAAAGACUUCAGGCCACCUGGCUUAUUGUAUCAUGAACUUUGUAAUUACUACAUUGAACCA